GCCGUCGCCUCGUCGGCACGGCGCCGCCAGCAACCAGUCCACAUACCUGUGGCCAUCUCAUCAGCAUUUCAAGUGCGCCCGCCGCGACCUUGUCCGGCGGCCCGGGCGGGGAGGGGAGGGGGAGUUCUCACGGUCAAGGUCAUCGCACCGCCGGCCGGUCGGUCGGGUGGCACGCACCUCCCCUCCCCUCCACGUGGUGCCCUCUCAGAAAUCGUUCAACCUGCCCGGAUCGGGGCGAACCUCAGCCUCCCCGGGGUAUGAGGAGCCACAGCCACUGCAGGGACGCCCUCAGGGCAGCCGUCCCCCUGGUAUUGCGUCACGGCCGAUGGCUGCAGGGGGCGGCGCCGUCCCGCGGCAGUGCGGCAGCGACCCUCAGCGGACGUCACCGGGGCUGACCCUCAGCGCGCGGCUACUCUACGGGCGGCGGCGGCGCGGCGCCAUCACUCGGCUCGGCGCAGCGAUCACGGCAGCAUGGCCAUGACGCCGGCCGUCUCGGCCCUGCUGCUGGUCUGUGGAGUGGCGGCCCUGGUGCACAGCUCACACGGUCAGUCGCGGAUUCUGACCGGCGCGGUGGAAGAUGACCCGCUGAAGUGUUACACCUCUGACGGCCUGCUGGGCGACUGCCGGCCCUGGCGCUACUGCAAGGUCGUCCGCCAGGAGUACCCCAAGAAGAAGCCCACGCUCUGCCUCUACCGACCCAAAAACCCCAUCGUCUGCUGCCCGAGAAAGUCGUCGGGCGGUUUCGUCACCACCCCCAAGCCGACGACGCCGCCGCCGCCACCUCCGACCCAGAACCCGUGGCGACCGGUGGCCGGACCGCGACCCCGACCCUCCUCCGAGGGGGACAGGUUCGUCUUCGCGCAGCGGCCUCAGAGUGGCACACCGAGCCCCCAGGAGGGCCGACCGAAACCGGAGCGGCCACAGAGCAGACCCAGCCACAAGCCCAUCCUCUUCGGCCCCGUUCCCAGCGGCGGCAACAGCGAGCGUCUCAACCACCGCGACUUCAUCGGACACAAAGACUGCGGCCUGAUCACGCGGUCGGUGCGGGCCGACUUCGAUCAGCUGGAGCUGCGCCGCCGGCGGCGUCGCUCGGCCCUGAGCCGGUCGCACGCGGCCCCGCCGGCGCUGGACGGGUCGCAGGCGGCGGCGCCCACCGCCACCGAGGACCCGUUCGCCAUCUUCGACUCCCGCUUCUACCCGGAGGAGGAGGAGGACCCGGACUUUGUGCCGUACACGGAGGCACCCCCGCCGGCCGGCAGCGAGGUGGUGGCGUUCACCGAGCCCCCUCCACCCGCCGGGGAAGCGGGCGGCGCCGGGGACCCCGCCGCACCCGACGGCAAGUUUCUGCACGUGACGAUCCUGCCCCACGACCCGGACGCGGCCAGCCUGGUGUACGGUGACGCCCAGGACGGGUACGACCCCGACUACUACGACACGCCUUCGGCCGAGUUCGCCGAGACGUACCUGAUCCGAACUGGGAAGGCACUGAAACACGACGACCCGUUCGGCAUCAACUCGCAGGAGUACCGCGACAAGAUCAACCAGCAGCUCAAAGACGCGCACUUCAUCACGGCAGGAGAGGACGCCAUCAUCGGACAGUGGCCCUGGAUCGCCUUGAUCGGAGAGCGGCGCCCGUCCCAAAUUAAUUGGUUCUGCGGAGGAGCCCUCCUCAACGAGGAAUACAUCAUCACCGCCGCACACUGCCUGGGAAAGUUCCAAAAGAACCGCCUGGUGGUCCGUGUGGGCGAGUUCGACCUCAACUACGACACGGACGCGGCGCACCAGGACCUGCUGGUCGACCAGAUUAUCGUGCACCCCGAGUACGUGCACCGGCGCAAGCACCACGACAUCGCGCUGCUGCACCUGAGCCGGCGGGUGCGUCUCGGCGGCCACGUGCGGCCCGUGUGCCUGCCGCGGCGCAGAGUGGAUCUCACCGGGGAGACGACCACCGUGGCCGGCUGGGGACACACCGAGUUCGGCGGCGAGAAGUCGGCCAUUCUCCAGGAGGUCAAACUGCCACUGGUGAACACCACCGAGUGUGAGAACACCUACCGCACUCUGGGCAACGCCUUCCAGGCCGACUUCGCGCCCGGCUUCGGCGACACCAAGAUCUGCGCGCUCGACCCGACCGGCCGCGGCCGCGACUCGUGUCAGGGCGACUCGGGCGGGCCGCUGACCUACCGUGACCGGGCGUCGGGUCGGGUCCAGCUGGUGGGUAUCGUCUCGACGGGCGUCGGCUGCGGCCACCCCAAGUUCCCGGGCGUCUACACCCGAGUAUCCAUGUACGUCGACUGGAUUCUGGAGCGGGCCUUCCGCAACCAGUGAGCGGCCAAAGCGGCGGGCGGUGGAGCUCGUGGGCCUCGGUGUUCCGGUGUCGAUUGCGCUCGCGUUGGAUUUGAUUGCCUGCGAGGUGUCAAAUCAUGUCAGUUGUGUCUUGUUUUGUUGACUUAUCCAAGAUGGUGCGCACUUAGUAUAUUUCUUGGAUGUACCCCAUAGUUAUCAUUAUGAAUGAGAAUGUGGCUAUAUCUGCCACUUGCACGUGACGGCGAGGCUUAGCGAUUAAGCGCAAAAUCACCGAAUUGUCAAAAGUGCAAGUUUUUGUGUGUGCCAGAACCAGGGCUGCGGAGUCGGAGUCGGAGUCGGAGUCGGUCGGAGUCGACAGUUGUGACCGGAGUCGGAGUCGGAGUCGGAGUCGAUUUUAGAAACCCGAGCCGGAGUCGGAGUCGGAGUCACCGAAAAUCUGUCGACUCCGCAGCCCUGCUAGGUCUGCGGAGUCGGAGUCGGGAGUUGGAGUCGGUCGGAUUCGACAAUUCUGCCCGGAGUCGGAGUCGGAGCUGGUUUUUGAAAGCCGGAGUCGGAGUCGGAGUCGGAGUCGCCGAAAAUCCAUCGACUCCGCAGCCCUGGCCAGAACUGUGACUUUUGAGUCGAUAACCGUUUUAUAUUUAGUGACAUCAUCGGUUAUAGUGCGGAUUGUUGAUCUCUGUUUAUAUCAUCUCAUAUUUAUGUCGAAGUGGAGACUACUCGGUGUGACUAAGUGAUUUAAUAUACCUAUUGACCUUGUGAA